AGAGAAAUUGCAGCACACACAAGGAGGAGAGACCAACACAAAGUGGUAGCUAAAUAGAAAACUAGCUAGCUAGCUAGGGUUAACAUGGCUGAAACUAAGGAAAUAUGGUCAGCACCAAUAACUCCUAGAACAGCUUCAGUGGUUGGAACACCAGUGGUGGCAUCUCCACCUGUGUCAUGUCCACCCUCUCAGCUUCAUUCACCAUCUCUAACAAGGUCACCACUCCUUCACUCAGAGGAUGGAGAUGCACCACGUCCUAAAAGUAGGACUCCUAAGACCCCAAGAACCCCACUUAGAAUAUCGAAUUUGACUCCAAGGUUUAUCACCCCUUUGGGAAGCCCUGUGAGGAAGGCUUUGAAACUCACCAAGCUUGAUCCUCAAGAUGCUUGGCUUCCAAUCACUGAGUCUAGGAAUGGUAACAAAUACUAUGCUGCUUUUCAUACUCUUUGUUCUGGGAUUGGAAUUCAGGCUCUUGUUCUCCCCGUUGCAUUCACUAUUCUUGGUUGGACAUGGGGAAUCAUAAGUUUGACUAUCGCGUUCAUAUGGCAACUUUACACCUUGUGGCUGCUGGUCAAUCUUCACGAGUCAGUAGAACACGGUGUACGCUACUGUCGAUAUCUUCAACUCUGCUCUGCUACCUUCGGGGAAAGACUGGGGAAAUUGCUAGCCAUGUUCCCAAUAUUGUACCUAUCAGCUGGGACAUGCACCACAUUGAUCAUCAUAGGAGGGUCCACAGCAAGGACAUUUUAUCAAGUGGUGUGUGGGGAAUCAUGCACUGCUAAACCUUUGACCACUGUGGAAUGGUACUUGGUCUUUACCUGUGUGGCUGUGGUGCUAUCACAGUUGCCAAACUUGAAUUCCAUUGCUGGGGUCUCACUUGUUGGAGCUGUCACUGCUGUAGUGUAUUGUACCUCCAUUUGGGUUACCUCUGUGGCACAGGGUGCCCUUCCAGGUGUCAGCUAUGAUCCUAUAAGAGCUUCAAGCAAUGUUGAAAGUGCCUUUAGUGUGCUUAAUGCCUUAGGUAUCAUUGCCUUUGCUUUUAGGGGUCACAAUCUCAUCCUUGAAAUACAGUCCACUAUGCCUUCAAGCGAGAAGCAUCCAUCACACGUGCCAAUGUGGAAAGGAGUCAAGGUUGCUUAUGCACUCAUUGCUGCAUGCUUAUUUCCCUUGGCCAUUGGUGGCUAUUGGGCUUAUGGCCAAUUGAUUCCUUCAAAUGGAGGAAUGUUGACAGCCCUAUACCAAUACCAUUCCCGUGACGUGUCAAGGUUCGUGCUAGGGCUAACAAGCUUCUUCGUAGUGGUGAAUGGAUUGUGCUCGUUUCAAAUCUAUGGCAUGCCAGCAUUUGAUGACUUGGAAUCACAGUACACAACAAGAAUGAAGAAGCCAUGCCCUCGAUGGCUGCGUGCCCUAUUUCGAGUGUUCUUUGGGUUCAUGUGCUUCUUCAUAGGAGUGGCGAUUCCCUUUUUGUCUCAGCUGGCUGGUCUAAUUGGAGGAGUGGCACUGCCAGUGACAUUGGCAUACCCUUGUUUCAUGUGGCUUAAGACAAAGAAGCCAAACAAGUAUAGUGGCAUGUGGUGGCUCAAUUGGUUCUUAGGGACAUUUGGGGUGGCUUUGAGUGCCAUAUUGGUUGCAGCUAGCAUAUAUGUUAUCAUUGACACUGGUGUUAAUGUCAGUUUCUUCAAUCCUCAGUAGUUUAAUUCACAUCAAGUGGAUGCAUGCAUGCAUGCAUCAUGUUUGGAGGUAAUUAGUGUAAGACAAUGUCUUUUUCUUUUUUUCUUUUUCUUUUUUUGGUUUUGAGAAAUUCAAAUUUGUCACUCCCACUUAAUUUGUAGCUUCAUGCUGAUUUUUCCAAAGGAAAAGUAAUGAUGAUAUUUGUACAAAUAUCAUUAACUACGAAGGACGGGGGUCGUGGUUGUAUAAAUAUUCUUGUUCUGGAAAUUGAAAUAUAUAGAGUUGAUUUGUCAUACAUGA